AUGAGGAAAGGCGGAACAGCGAAGGCGAACAGAGAACACAGAGCGCCGAGCUUCUCAUACAGCCGAUUCAAGAGCAGAAUCGUGAAAAGACUAAACAGUGAUGGAAUCCCUGUUGCGAGCAGCCCAAUGACCACAGGAUGGCAGCACUCAUACACCACAGAAUACGACACUGUUUGUCAGAAGCUGCCGCUCGACUCUCCGCCACAUAGCACCUCACAGUCUGACUCGCAUCUUGGUCAACCUGAGUCGUCUUACCUUAAAGAUCUAAAUCUGCUGGACUGGAGUGGGCGGGGCCUGGUAGCACUGGCUUUGGGCAAUAUGGUGGCCAUGUGGAACGGGGCGACCCAGAAUCUGCAGGGUUGCCUGCACCUGAACCCACAUACUUCCACCUGCACUACCUUCACCUGCUCCAUCUGCUCCGUCUCCUGGAGUAAAGAUGGCAGUACUCUGGCCAUUGGGACAAACGAUGGAGAGAUUCAGCUGUGGGAUGUGGAACACAGGAGCAGAGUAAGGAGUAUCCAGGGACAUCUUUCACAGGUGGGAGCACUCAGCUGGAAUCAACAGCUUCUCAGCAGCGGCUCUCUCCUGGGGUUCCUGCAUCACCAUGACCCCCGGGCCUCCAGGGCACUGGUGGGUGGGGCUCGGCUGCAGAAGGGUGUGUGUGGUCUGGAGUGGUCUGAGAGCGGUCACCGUCUGGCCAGCGGGAGCACGGAUGGUCUCCUUUGCAUAUGGCCCAGCGACCCAGGAGUCACAGGGAACCAGCGCUCCAUAUCCACCAUCCCACAUCCAACUGCCGUCAAGGCCCUGGGUUGGUGCCCCUGGCAGUCAGAGGUGGUGGCAGUGGGGGGCGGUAUGGGUGAUGGGAUGUUGAGGAUCUGGGACACAAACACAGAAACCUGUCUGCAGUCCACUCCCACAAACUCACAGAUCUGCUGUCUGCUGUGGAGCAUGAGGAGGAAGGAGCUACUCACUGCCCAUGGUCUUCCUCAUCAUCAUAUCAUCUCCUGGAGCUAUCCAUCCCUCACCAAACACACCCAGCUUCAGGGCCACACAGGGCGAGUUCUGCAUAUGGUGUUGAGUACCUGUGAGAGCUGGAUCCUCUCAGGCGGUUCAGAUCAGCAGGCCUGUCUGUGGAGCAGCCAUCAGAAGGAGGACAGCACAAUACCAGAGCCUUCCUAAAUACACCCCAAUGUCAGAGUCUACCUCAAUAUAUCCCAAGACCAAAGUCUAACUAAAUAUACCCCAAUACCACAGUCUAAAUAUAACCAAGAAUUGGAGUCUAGCUCAAUGUACCCCAAUACCAGUGGCUACCAAAAUGCACUACUUAAAUAUCUACUUAAAUAUACCCCAAUAAUGGAGUCUACCUGA